GAUAGAGUUGCGUGAUGACGUCAUGUUACCGUAGAAACAGAGAGCGUCGGCUUGUUGAGCUGCUGGACGCAAACAGCUAACUGCUAGCUUUAAAACGUCACACUUUCUCGCUCUUUAACGUCUCUAAACCAACGUUUAAACUUUACCGAGUCAGCGCAACUGUUGUUUAAUCGGUGAACGUCGCUUUUUCUUGAGGUUAAUGUCGGCUAAUCGUUAGAUAAAACGGCAAACAAGGCCGCUGCUGCCGCGCCGUGCUAACAGGUGUUACGCGGAAAUCCGUCACCCGUCAGAUUUUGUGACGCUAGAUUAAAAGAAGACCAACAAACCGACCAAAUACUGACAGGUUUCAGGACAGGUGAGGACCGUUAUAGUGAGGAUGGAGCCGCUGAUGUCGGAGCUGAAGAGGCAGCUGGAGGAUGAAAACCUGAAUCCGGAGCAGAAAGUCAACCUGCUGAACAACGGCUUAAACAAGGCUCUGAACAUGGCGGCGGUGCAGACGAGCAGCAGCGCGUUGAUCAGAGUGAAGUCUCAGUUGUAUCUGAGCGGCGUCCUGCGUCACUGCGUCCGCCUCCUCUCGCUGGAUCCCAGGAGGCUGCGGGGCAACUGGAGCGCCCCCGCCACACUCGCACAGCUCACCAGUUCCUGCUGCGUCGGGGUGGAGCUUGAUGAACCUUCGGAGGCCUUUCAUAGGCUGUUCCUGCCGUCAGUCAUGGACGCCCUCCUGUCAUUGGCCAGUCAGCUGAUGAGGCGAUCAGAGUCUCUCUUCAGGAAGGUGAUGGAUUCGGUCGGCUGGCUGCUCAGAGCUCACACGCAGCUCACCACGCAGGUUCUCAGCUCCGCUCACUACGAGCAGAUCCAGAUGUGUGAUGACGUCACUGUGUCUCUGCUGUGUGUCCAGAUGUGGAUUCAGACCUGCACAUCCAGCAGUGACUUCCUCUCCGGGUUGAGCGAUGACUCCGCCCUGCUGCUGCUCAACGAGGCCGUCGGCCAAUUAGCCGUCAGCUCUGAGCCCGAGGUGGGCGGGGCCUCCGUCAGGCUGAUCCUCCUCAUGGCCAGUCAGCUGGAGCUCCGCCUGCAGCGCCUCCUCCGCAGCUUCAGAGGUUUAGACAGCCUGCUGGAUAAAGACUGGAGAGGGCGGGGCUUUGAUGAGGACGUGGAUCAGCUGAUCGCGCUCAUCCAAUCAGGAGAAAGCACAGCGUGUGCUGAGCGUGUGCAGGCGGCGUGCGUGAUCCAGGCGGCCUGGAGGUCGUAUCAGACCAGACGCAGAGUGAAGAGCCUCAACAGAGCGGUCAGCACGCUGCAGAGGAGAUACAGGGCUCGGAGGAGGCAACAGCAGCAGCAGAAGGAGGCGCAGCACUGGGAGGAGGAGUUGAAGUAUCAGGUGUGUGUGAGGCGUCAGCAGGCGAGGAGGGAGUUCCACCAGAAACAGAGACAACUGCUGCAGCUGCUGCCUGCAGACCAGGUGCAGUCGUACCUGCAGGAGUGCGAACGCCGUGCAGCCGUGUUGAUCCAGAGCGCCUGGAGAGGCUUCAGAGAGCGACGACGCUACAACAACACACACCGACACACACUGAGACGCACACACACUCAGCAGCAGGCGGCCAGGACGCUGCAGAGAGCGGUGCGUCACUUCCUGCAAAAACAACGAGCAGCAAAAACCCCGCCCACCCCGGCUUUCUGGAUUGGUCAGAACGGUUUGACGGAUAGCCGGAGGGCGGAGCUAAAGAGACAGGUGGAGGAAUACAUCGCUGUGCAUCCUUCGUCCCGUACGUGUCGUGAGGAGUGCGAGCGCCUCCACGAGGAGGUGCAGCUGCUGCUGCUGUCGGAGCUGCAGAGAGGAGAACAGCAGAGGAGGGAGGAGCAGAGGACGGAGGCGCUGCUGGCUCACACACACACACAGCUGGAGCUGCUCAGAGAUGCCCCGCCCCUCUCCGUCGUCACGGCAACAGAUGCUGAGUCCUUCCUGAGCCCCUCGGGUCCCGUCUCCGCUCGCGCCCGCGACGCCCACAAUGCAAUGCUGCAGGCGAGCCGGCUGCCCUGGUGGAGGACGCUGGCAGACACGGACCCGGUCGACACGUCUGACCCCGCCCACCUGCGGGAGCUGGAGGCGGAGCUCGGAGGACUGUACGUAGGAGGGUCAGCAGCAGCGGGAGUGAUGUUUUAAUGUAGCAUAAAGCCUGAUGAUGUCACUGAUGAUGUCACUUGAGUCGGUGUCGGCCGGGACAGAAGACUAGAAGUUAGAAAGUUUGGAAUAAAAAAGACGAUUUUCAUCCUUUUAACUUCAAACUGUUCGUCAAAAGUCUGACGAUGUUUUAGGAGAUAAAUUAUAAAUCUGUAAAAGACUCUUUUAACUUUUUUAACUUAAUAAAGAAACUUUUUUAACCUGA